AUGUCUUUCUCUAACCUCUGCAAGGUCGUGCCUGUUGAUGCCAAGGCCCCUACCACCAUCAACACUCCUGUCGACAUGGCCAACCCCAAGUGCUCCUGCCACUGCGGUUGCAACAACGUCGUCACUUUCAGCGGAGGUAACCUCUUGCCCAUUAGACAAUCGCAACCUCAACCAUCUCAUCUUCUUCCGCUGGAAGAAAUCGAUGAACGAAUUGAACACGCCAAGGCUAUCCAAUAUAUCAUCCGAAGCUGCUGUCGGCCAGGGUCAAAAGACUUCUGCCUCCGUGCCGAACAUGUCGCCGCAAUCAUGACCAUCCCGCUCCCGGUUUUUGGACCAAAUGAGUUAAUGUCAACAGAUAUUGACAAUUUUGAAAUGAAGAGGCGGCCAGCUAAAGCCAUCAAAGAUCUUCGACAUUUACGCAGGCGACACAGGGCGACUUUCGUUUCUGGUCAACUUAGCCAGCCGUCUAUCGAGUGCCCAAGCACUAUAUCCCAUGGCAGCACCAGAAUGGAUAUUGGUGAGACGACCUCUUUUGAAGUCAAGUCGGAACCCAAGCUUAGACUACAAGUCAUUGAGCCGUCAAGCUUGACAGGUAGCGAGUCCGAGUAUACCGACGAACUCGAAGCCACCGAGCUACUCACAAUCGAAAAACACAAUAUGGACUUCGCCGAACAAAUAAAAUGUUUGGCGCGUGAUGGGAACGUCCGCGCGGUCACUGGUGCACCAAACCCGAAUGCAUACCACAUCGCACCAUUUACUUGGAAUAAUACUCAAGAUCAUAUCUGCAGAACGUUCGAAUUAGGGGCUAAUCGAACCUUCUUAGUCAGGAGUAAAUUUGCAAAUCGCACUCGCUACCUAAACAACUGGGAUAAGCCAGGAGAAUCCGAUAAGGCAUAG